AUGAGUAAUGGCCUGAUCUACAUAAACAUAUUUGUAUGUGUGACAAAGCACACGCGAGCCGCUCCGUGCCUCUCAGUGCCAGGCGAGGAGUCGAAAAAAACCACCGGGACGCCCCACUUUUAUGCACUUUCAAGCCACUUGCUAAAAGUUCAUCGCAUCCGAAGGUCACUCGGGUUGUAACACGCCACCGUUGCCAUGGCAACCGGCGACAAACAUCACAAACUCUGUCAAACUCUGUCCUACCCAAGGCAGGAUAUCUCCGGAGCGCCCCAAGGAAUGUAUGACGAAACCGUGGAGGUGAACGCUAGAGAUAUAGAAAGCCCACCAAGUUCAGACGAGGAACCGGUCAAAGCUGCAAUGGCAAAGUUCAACCCUCCAGUACGACACACCGCGAGACAUGACUUCGAUUCUGAGAGCGAGAGUGAAUCGGAAGUUGAGAAGUUCGGUACCCUUUCUGAGGAAGAUCAGUCUCCAGAUAGAAAAUCAGAUCAAGAGGAGGCGCCAAAGCAGAAAGCAAAAGCAAAUAGCGACGUGUCGAGACAAUCGAGCAAAAAUCACGAUUCUUCUAAUUCAGAUACAGACAGCGCGGAUUUGGGCGUGGAUAUUGUAGAACGAGUGGAGCCUCUACCGGCGGGAAGUGGAAGAAGACGAGCUGGAGUCGUGGUACUAGCUGACGGUGCUUACGACCCGAAGCACUAUCAAGACCUGAAGGUUUCUCCGGAGAUGGAGAACGUUUUCCAGUACAUCAUGAAGUACACGCCGCAGAAGAUCGACAUCUCCCUGAAGCUGUCCCCAUUCGUGCCGGAGUUCGUUCCGGCGGUGGGCGACACGGACGCGUUCCUCAAGGUCAGCACGCCACCCGCUGGUCUGCGCGCCACACCGCUCGCCGACCAUGCUCUCGAACACAUCGACAAUUUGGGUCUAACUGUCCUGGACGAGCCGUCGGCGGAGCAGAGCGAUUCGGCUUUGCUACACUUACAGCUUCGGGCAUUAUCAAAGAGCACCAGCGCCAAGUCCACAGUGUUGACCAGGAAGGUCGAACAAGCUGAGAAGAAUCCUAAAUCGAUAGAGCGCUGGAUAAAGGACGUGAGUGAGCUGCACAUGGCGAAACCAGCACCCACGCUCACGUAUUCGUGUAAAAUGCCCGACAUAGACAGCCUAAUGGAGGAGUGGCCAGACACCAUGGAGGACACCCUCAACGAGGUCGGAUUCCCACCAGCCAACAUAGACUGUACUCUAUCCCAAUACGUUGAUUUUGUGUGCUCCCUAUUCGACAUCCCAGUGCAAGGUGAUAGCCUAAAUGACAGAAUACAAGCUUUACAUUUGCUGUUUAAUCUGUAUUCCGCUGUCAAAAACUCGCAGCUGUACGCCGAGCGCGAAAAAGAGAAGGUUGGGGGGUAG